AUGAACGUCAACACCUUCCACGCGCAGCAACCGCAGCCACAAUAUCCACAGCCUAGCAAUUCGCAGUAUCUGUUUACCCUUUGCUCUUUUGAUUCGGCGGCACAGGGGUCUUCCAACAUGGUCUCCGGAUUUUACAUGCCGCAGGACCCGCAGCAGCGACAACAGCUACAGCAAAGGCAACAACAACAGCAGCAGCAAGAACACGCUAUGGCGACGUCGCCCUCGAUAUUCUACACGAGCAGCAACGGUAGGAAUGAAACGGGUAGCAAAUCUGCUCCAUCGUCAACAGCAUUUUCUGCACUUACACACCCGGACCGGAGAAAUACAGAGGCAAAUACUUCUCUGAUGUCUCCCUUUCAAAACCCGAACAAUAACAGUGUGAUGAACUACUCUAACACAAACCUCAAUUUCCUAUCUUCACAAAACAGCAUACAACCUGCCAACUUCGAGGCGUCAUCUUCCACGUUUCUGUACUCGAUUCCUGUGCAGCAGGAGGCUGCAGGGGGCGGAGACGCGGCACCGAGGUUCAUGUUUCUGACGUCCCCGAGAAAGAAUGGACCCGAUUCGCUGAAUGGCACAUGCUACUACAUGGUGGACGCACCCGGUGCGUCCGCGCCUGUUAACUGCGCAUCGGCUGCUUUAUCGUCAGCGCAGCCCUCGACGGUUCUCCUCAGCUCGACCUCGCCCACAGCGGCAGCGGCCAACGCAAUGGGGACCACGACGACGCGGAUGCCGCCUUACCAGGUGCCGACGGCGCAUCAGCCGCAGCCAGGCGCAAACGUUCUGGGUAUUUCUUGGGCGCCGCAGUUCUCCUCUGGUACCGGACCCAGCACCGCGCCGUCAGGGGUGCUUCCGUUUCUUUUCUCCAGCCCGCAGAUCGCGCAGGUGGAUAAUGCCAUCUUUACACAGCGCAACCAGCAACAGUCUUAUUGCACGAGCGCUGCCUUUGGUGUUCCGGCUUCCUCGUCAGUCCCAUCCCCCCUGGGCAGCUGUCGACGUGGCUCGAACAGUGGUACGCACAGCGACUUGGCUGUACAACGGGGCAAGAGUAGCAGGAACAGUGGUAACAACAGCGGCAGUGGUAGCGGGAGUGGUGUUCAGGAGGGCGAACGCCGUGGUGGCUUGCCGUUCGAUAAAGAUCCUGUUCCCAUCGACAUCACCAAAACGCAGCUUAUCGUCAAUUACCUUCCGCAGUCUCUCACCGAUGAUGUUUUCCGUGGGUUGUUUUCCAGGUAUGGCCUCUUGCACAGGAAGCAGACGAAAAUUAUCAAUGAUCAGGUAUCUGGCCGGCGCAAAGGCUAUGGGUUCGUGUAUUAUAAAGACGGACGAAGCACGGAGGCUGCCAUCAAGGCAAUGAAUGGCUUUGAGGUGGGAGGGCGUGCGCUAAAAGUUCGCUAUGCUGAUCAGCAGCGCUCAACGGUUGAUUGUGACAGUUGCCAAGGUGAUGAUGAGGUGACUGUGGACCUGUGCGAAAACGCUGAAAUGCAUGCAAGCAGCUGUGGUAAUGAGGACGAUAGUCACUGA